GCGGUGAGUUGUGUGCGGCAGUCAUGGUGGAAAGACUUGGUGGUGGUUGGUCGUAUCGGUGAAAUCGUUGCUUGUAAAAUAUUUGACAUAAUUUGUAUCCGAUAUAAAUGGUCUAUAAUUAUUUUUCGGGCAUUUGACAAGCAACUCGCUAAAAUUUAUAACUAGUAGAAAAAGCUCGCUGGUACGCUGUGACAGAGAAAAGUGGGCGCUCAGCUUUAAAUAAUAUGUGUACAAAAAUUAGUGACGUGUUGUUUCCAUCUUGACGUCUUGGAGAACAUAAAUAAAUUUCAUCAUGGCGGAUCCGGGUGGAGGGAUAAACCAGCCUCUAGGGUCCUAUCAACCUCCAAAAGCAGCAACAGACCAAGACCUUGAUGUAGUUGCCGAUACGAAGGAUGUUCCCAGUGAGAAUAAGAACCAACCUGAAGUGCAGAAAGAAACAAUAUUGCACGAUAAGCAAAGUUUGAAAAAGAAAGAAGAGGUGGUCCAGGAAUAUGCUAGAAAACUCUCGAAGAUUAAGUCUAGAGCAAAGCUCUCUCGACGCAGUAAAGAUGCGUCAUCAUCUGUUGAGGGUACACCAGAAACAGCGGCUAAAUCAAGAAUAUCAAGUCCCAUGGUUGAAAAUUUUGAUGAUGUCGAUGACAUUAGCCAAGCUAAAACACCGAAAGCUAAGUCUUCUCUUCUGCAAAAAAAACUCAUGGAGAAUAGAAAAAUAUUUGAGCAGCGGAGCAGAGAAAUGUCAGAGAACAAAAGAGUGGUCAAAGAAAAAGUGGAGGCUAUACGGCAACAACUGGAUGAAAGCGAUACAACGAUAUUGGAAUUGCAAAAAGAACUAACUACCACCUUACCUGUUCAACCAAUUGUUAUAACAACACAGGUCGCAAGUCCAGGCUUGGAGCAUUUCAGUUUGCCAGACAGAGACAACCGAAUAGCUGAGCUCAGUAAUAAAAUCUUGGAGCUAGAAGCCACUGUACUUGACUUGCAAGAAAAUUUGAAAGAAAAGGACUCUGUUAUCAACUCAAAGACCAAGGCUAUUACACUGAUGACCGCAGAUUUAUCGAAAAAACGGAAAUCAACAUUGGACACACUCGAAGAUACGAAAGACGAAAUGCGAACGAUGCAGGCUAACUUUGUGCUUAUAGAAACAUCCUUGAAGGAAAAAAUUAAUAGUUUGCUGCAGCAGCUUCAAGGAAGAGAUUCUCGAAUCAAUGAGUACGAAAAUACCGUUGAAGGAUUAAAAGAAGAUCUUGAGAAAAGAAGAGUAACCGACGUCACCACUGCAGACUUUUCUCGUUCAACUUUAGAUACUUUAGCUGAGACAAAGGAAGCGAUGAAAUCAAUGCAAGAAAACUUUAUUCUUAUAGAAUCAUCACUCAAAUCUAAAAAUAAAAAUCUCCUCGAUCAACUAGAAGAGCGGGAAAUGAAAUUGGCAGAAACAGAAGAAAGAAUAUUCAAGUUGGAAUCUGCUGCCGGCAUAGUCAUACCACCUGAUAUGAAAGAUCUUCAAUCUAAAUUAGAAACAUUGGAACAACGCAACCGGCAGUUACAGGAUGAAAAAUAUGAAUUGCAAAAAUCAGUUGCCGAACUACAAGUUAAAGUGAUUUCUAAUGAAUCUGCAGUCAAUAACGGACUGAUUCUCGAAAAAGAUAACAGAAUAGCAGAACUAGAGAAUUUGAUUGAAGAAUUGAGAAAAUCGAAUCAGUUGUUGUUGGAAGAAUCGAAAACCGAGUUACAGAAUCAAAUUCUUGAAUUGACAUCAAAGAAUGAAGAAUAUUCCAACAAAGUUGAUGAGUUAGAAAAACUUGUUCACAAUCUGGAGUCGGAAAAGAACGAACUUUUGAAAAGAGUACCAGAGGAUAGCUACGAAACAAAAGAAGAUGCAAGAGUGACCAAGUUGUCCAAGGAACUAGAUGACUUAAACAAAUCGAUGAUCAAACUCAAGGCUCAACAUAAAAGCAAAGUUAAAAGUCUGCAAAAACAACUUGAAAACUUCAAAAAGGUAUCUGAUACGAAUGCAGAGUUGGUUAAGCUAGGGAAUCAAGUUACGCUACUAGAGGAAGAAAAAGGUAAUCUACAGCUCAGUCUGGUAGACUUUGACGAGCUUAAAGCUUCCGCAGGUGAUUGGCAGGAGCGUAUCUCUGAUCUUGAAGCUAAGAUAUCUGCUCAAAGUAAUGAGAUCGAUUCCCAGGUACAAGCCAUUGCUACUUUGGAGAAUCAAAAAUUGGAUCUUAUACAAGAACUACAUGCAGUGAAACAGGAAAUCUCUGCUCUAGAGGCUGAAAAUGCAGAUUCCGAAAACCUCCGAGUGACUGCUGAAAUGAAGAUCGUCGAACUGGAAGAACAAUUGGAUGCAUUACAUAAGUCAAUUGCUGAUCCUAAGCAAUUUGAUUUACUGAGCGAGUCGGAAAAAAAGCAAUACUUAGAUAAAAUAGAAUCACUGUCCCAAGAGAACAAUAAUUUGAUCGUUAAGUUGGCCAAACUAGAAGAAAAGGGAACGUCUGACACUGGAUCAACCGAAUCAUUUGAGACACUCCAUGAAACAGAUAGAAACGAACUUUUGAAAAAAAUCGAUAUGCUUUCACAAGAAAAUAAUGACUUGAUUAUCAGGCUAACGAAAUUGGAAGAGAAAACCGAAUCAACAGAAUGUUUUGAAAAUUUAAGUGAUUCUACGAAAAAUGAAUUAAUGAAGAAGAUUGAGCUGCUCGUUAAGGAAAAUAACAGUUUAACAACCAAGCUGUCGAAAGUUGAAGAGAAAAGCUCCUCCGACACUGGAUCUACUGAAUCUUUUGAACGCAUACCAGAACAUGGUGACAAUCUAUCCAGGCUAGACGUUUUAAUACAAGAAAAUAACGAACUUGUUAUAAAAGUAAUCAAACUCGAAGAGAAACUGGCUGAAAUUGAAGAAAGUCCCAGUCAUGGACCCAAGUCCAAGACCAUAGAUGAUGACGCUAUGUCAAAUCUGGAAUGCAGAGUUCGGGCAUUGACCCAGGAAAAUGCCGAUCUUGUUAUUCAAUUGACGAAAUUGCAAGAAAGAUUAGGAGAUAAAUUUUCGGGAAAUCUGAUUCAGCAAGUAGAAUCUAAUGAGUCGAUGAUAAAAGAGAGAGAAAACGUCUUAUCCCAAGAAAAUCACUCUUUGGUCAUCAGUGUUACGAAAUUGAAAGAGAAGAAUGAGAAUCUGGAAAUUAAUUUGGAUCUCGUUACUAAAGAAAGAGAUAAUUUAAAAGAGGCUGUUGAUCAGAUGACUACCAAUACUUUUGCUAGAGAACUUAUUGAAAAGUUAAACGAAUUGAAUCGAAAAAAUCAAACUACAGCACAAGGAAUACGUGAUGAGAUUACAAAACUUCUACACAGACUUACAGAAGAAACAGUUGAAGAUAAAGACUCGGUUGACUAUCAAGGGUCUGUUACAGUAACGUUACUAGAAAAUGAAAUGGAAAAUUACAAAAAAUUAAUUUCAGAACAAAAAGUGGUGAUUGAUGAUAUGAAAUCAAAAUUGUCUGAUACACAAGAGGAAUUACUAUUACAAACUAAAAAAAUUGAAGACUACCAAGCUGAGAUUACAAACUUGGGUAAACUUGAAAUGGAAUUGAAAAACACUUCUAGUGUUAUUAAAGAAUGGGAAUUGAGAUGUGAAGAAAUGGAAAAAAAAUUGAAGAUUUCUGAAUCUGAAAAAGUAAUUAUUGAGGAUGCCAUAAAAAUACUGGAGGCCGAAAAGUUGAAUAUGAUAAAAGAAUUUGAAACGAAAGAUUUUGAGAUGAUAAAACUGAAGAAGGAACUUGAUGAAACCAUAUCGCAGUUUGAAUUGAAAUGCCAAGAAGAAUUUAAAAUAGCAUCCAUCCGAGAAGAAGAAAUAACAGCUCUGAAAGAAUUAGUUACCAAAAAUGAUGCAGAUCUUCGUGAUAAAUCCGGAACAUUACAGACUGACAUGAUUACAAUUGACAGCUUACACAAGGAUCUUAAUGAGUAUAAGAGUCGGAUCGAAGAGCAAAACCUCACAAUCGAAUCAUUGAACGAAGAAGUUGCACGAUUAAAUACUUCUUUAGUAACAAGCAAUGCAGAAAUUAAUAAUGCACAAGCCACUGUUGAUAAACUAUCUGCGGAAUUAGAAAACUCCAAAACUUCGGAAGAGUUCAAUGAAUUGGUCAAGACUUUGCAGGAUAGUCAAGAAAUAACGAAAGAGAUGCAGAAUAAAAUUGAUGAACAGGCAAAUGAAAUUAUCAUGACACAUGGUAAAAUUGAGAAUGUUACCUCAAACAUCCGUGAUAUGGCAGAACGAUUAGCUAAAAGAGAGGAAGAAAUUGCUCAACAUACUGAAACUAAUAAAAAUCUAAACGAAGAAUUGCAUCAAGCCAAGUCUGUCGAAUCGUUGCUGACCACCCAAAUAUCUCACUUGCAUAAUACAUUGGAACAGAACAGUAAUUACCUUGAAGAUCUCCGGCAAGAACUGAGUAAUGCAUACAGGAAAUUAGAAUUGGUGAAAGCACAGCAUGUAGAAGACAGAGAAAUGCAAAACAGGCGACUGGAGGAUUUGAUUGAAGAGUUGAAUAUUAAGUUACAAGAAAAUGAAAACUUGAAAUUCGAAAUAGGAGAGAAAGAAAAACUCUUAAGCCAAAAUGUAACUGAAGAGACCAAAUUAGCUUUAGAAUUGAAAGUCGCAGAUCUAGAAGGUAGAUUGAUGGAAUCUGAAUCCAAAGGAAAAGCUCAGUUGGAUAAAAUGAAAAAAAUUGCUGCCAAUUUGAAGAAAAAGGUAGCACAGUGUCAAGAUCUUGAAGCUAAGGUAUCUGACCUUGAAGAGAAAUGGAAUUGUGAAAAGUCAGAAAAAGAAGCGAUAAAUAAAAUUAUACAAGAGAAUGAGUUCGCCAUACGUGACAAAGACAAUAAAAUUUCCGAGCUGGAGAACAAGGUGAUAGAAAGUGAAGAACAAACUGCUAUAGCUUUGCAGAACGUUGAAGGACUAGCGCACGAGAUUGAUACAUUUAAGCUGAGAGUGAAUUCUUUAUUGGAACAAGUUACAGAGAUGGGGGAAGAAAUAGAAAAAUUACGGAUGGAAAUUAGCAACAGGGAAUCUUUAUUGGAAGAUGAGGAAGUAAAGAAACAGAAUAUUAUAUCGGAGUAUGAAGCAUACAAAUUACAGAUGCAGGCUGCGUAUGAAAAACAACAAAACAGUUUAGAAGAAACUACUGAAUGCGCCCGAGAACUAAGAGUGCGAAUGGAAGUUAUGGAAAGCGAGUAUGUUGAACAAUUAGGUCUGAUCCAAAAACUGAAGGCUGAAAAUGGGAUGUUGUCCUCGAAAGAAACCCAAAUCAAUGAAAGAUUGGAAAAUGUUGAAAAGGAGUCCGAGGAAAGAAAGUUUCUCUUGGAAAAACUCCAGAAAGAAAAAACUGAUUCCACUGAAAAAAUUUUAGUACACAAAGCACAGACCUUAGAUUGCGAAAUGAGUGAAAAUGCGGCAAAACCAUCUCAGGAACAGAGCUACACCUCGGUGCAAGCCUUGGAGGCAAAAUUACAAGAACGAGAUGCUGUAAUUGAGUCUUUAGAAAUUGAACUUGGCAAAUCUCACGACAGAGUUAGCAAACUAGAAGAAGCUUUGAGUGCUGUCGAGGAGCGGAGGCAUAGCUUGGAAAGAAGAACGGAAUUGUUGGGUGCUGAACUCGAGCAAUCAUUCCGGAUAACAGAAGAAGCUUCCUUUAGCGAGGAUGUGCUGGAACAAAGAUUAGCUAUGCUCAUGGCUAAAGACGAAGCUAUCAGUGACAAAUUGAAUGAAACAAUUGACGAAAACAAGGAAUUAACCGAAAAGAUUCAUAGUCUUCAAGAUAUUAAUAUUAGCUUGCAAGAAAAGAUUGAUGCAGUUGAGGAAGAAUUGCAGUACAGCAGAGAGAUUAAUGAAAAAUUGCAGAAUGUCGAUGUUUUAUACUCGGAAUUGCUUGAUAAACAUACUUCGCAAGAAUCCCAGAUGAAAAAAAUACAGCAGGAUCUGUAUGAAGCUAAACAGUACAUAGACAGCUCUGAACGGGAAGUCACUUCUCAAAUAAACCAACUUGAUUCUGACAAGAAACAGUUACUUGAGAAGUGUGAAAAGUUGGAGGAUUUGAAGGUAAAUCUUAUCCAAGAAAUCGAGUCGCUUAAAGAUGGUGUAAGCCUUUGUCGACAAAGAAUUUCGGAAUUAGAAGCCGAAGUGGAAACGCAGAAUAAAUCUAACCAAAAGUUAGUAGCUGAACGGGCUAAGCGAAAAGAGUCUGUCUCAAUGGUAGGCGAUUUUCCGGAGAAGGUUGAAAAAUUAACAUCACUACUUGCUGAAAAAGAAGUUGAAAUCGAAAAUUAUCAAAGGCGGAAUAUGCAACUGCAAAUGGCUGCUUUUGCCACGCCUCAACAGGGUGAUGUCUCCGAUGUAUUUGACACGACAAUGCUACCUAAUACAUCUGCCCCUACCAAUGAAAUAGCCAUGUUGAAUAAUCUCUUAGCAGAGAAAACACGUCAGUAUGAGAGUGUUUGUAUAGAAUUGGAGAAUUUAAAGCAGAGAUUAGCCAACGUUGUAUCAGAAAAUCAACAGUCCUUGAAUGAAAAAGAUCAGUACUAUGCACAUCUAGUUACAGAGUCACAAACUCUGCAAGCAGAGUUUAAUCAGUGUCGAAAUGAGUUGGACAGGAUGACUGAAGCCUUAUUAGAGAAAAACCAAAAAAUUGACUCGUUACAUGCUCAAUUUGGUGACAUCUGUGCUCAGUUGGAGGUUUCUGGUAAUCAUCAAAGCGACAACGACAAAGAAAUUGUUAGACUGACAGGAAUUAUUACAGCAAAAGAUGCAGAAAUUGAAGCAAUUAGAAAUGAGUUGUAUUUGGCAAAUGAGGAAUUGCAAACAAUCACAACGGCCAAAAAAGAAAACUACAGUCCUACAGAUGACAAAAACACUUUGAUGGACCAGCUUCAGAAUGAAAAGUCUAUCUAUGAGUCUCAAUUGGAUGACCUGAAAGUGCAGCAAAAAAGUGCCCAAGAAAUUGUCAACCAAAUUAUAUCUACCGCCGAACAGAAAGUUAACAAAUUAUAUGAAAUUCGGGAUGAAGGAAACACCACGAAUACUAGCGAUCUUCAUAAAGUUGCGUCAACAUUUAAUGAAUUGAUAGCUGAUUUUGAAACUGUGAAGCUUGAAAAUGACGAACUUCGUCUCUCUCAAGAAUCGUACAUGAACGAACUUAUGGAACUGAAAAAGCAUGCUACUACUGAUGAUACAAAUACGAAUGACCAGCAAGUCUUGGAAUUGAAAAGUAGAGUAGAUGAAAUUACACAGGAGAAAAAUGCUCUGCUAGACUUACUGAAGGCACAAGAAUUGACAAUAAAUGGAUUGAAAAACGAGUUGGAUGAGCUUUUAAUAGAAAAAGAAUCAUUUGAACAACAAGUCUCAGAUUUGAUCAUUAUAAUCAAUCAAUUAAAAAAUCAGCAGGUCCAAGUAGUUGGAAAUACUGCAGAAAAACCAAUAUCAGACUCAACACCAUCCCAGGAACCUGUUGAAAAGAAUUUGCAUUUGGAAGUUGACUCUGAAUGGGACAAUAGAUCAUCUGGCAAACUAGAUAUCGACGAAGAAGGAUGGGGCUGGAGUGCCGAGGAAGUACAAUUAGAGGAACAGCAUCAAUUAUCAACAACUACUUUGACACCCAGUGCGGAAAUUCAGUUGCAAACCAGAGUGGCAGAGCUGGAAGAUCAAAUUAAAGAAUUGGAAACCAAGAUAAAUAACCUAGAAGAGGAAAGUAAAGCUAUUCAACUAAAGAAUGUAAAAUUAGUUAAAAAACUCAAAGAAUUUAAAGUCCGAAAUGAAUUGCUGGAACAAAAGGUCAAGCAGCAACAACCGUCGUGUUUCUCGGAUUUGGAUUCUGCUAUUGAAGAAGAAUUAAAAGCACAAAUUCUGAGGCUGGAAGAAAGUUUGAAAGGUGCUAUCCAAGAACAAAAAAAAUCUAUCACAGAGAAAGAACAGUUGCAGAAAAGGUUAGAAGUCUUGACAUCAGCCAAUGAAAGAUUUGUUGAGAUGAAGGAAAGACAAGACAUGGAUAUCGAAGUAUGGCAAAUUCGAAAUAAAGAACUCACUAGUAAAAUACAGUCUUUGGAGUGGCAGCUCCGAGAAAUUUCAUCCAAUCAUGAAGGAUCGACUACACCGUCGCCGCAGAUUAGAAGUCAGAUUAGUGUACCUCCAAGUGAAGUUGAUCCAUCCAGUGAUCAAUUAUCUAAAACCCAGGAACGGAUUGACGGAUUGUGUCAACAAUAUAAAGAAGAAAUUGACGAUUUGAAAGAGGAAAUGGAAGCGCUAGCAACAGAAAAUGAACAACUACAACAACUUUUGGAAGAACAGAAGAAUCAAAUGAUGCCUGUUCAGAGCAAAAUUGGUUCAGAACAAUCUGAUAUUAUCGUUAAAUACGAAGAAUUGGCGAAACAAAACAACAAUUUACAGAUUAGCCUGAACAAAUUACAAGAAGAAUACAGUUUGCUGAGUAAACAGUACAAGCAAAGCCUUAUGGAUGCAAAUGAUCAGGUAACAGCUAUGCGUCAACUUAACGAGCUGAUGAGAACUGAGUUGACAGCAAAGUCUAUCGAAUUUGAUAAUGAAAAACAGUCGUUGAUUAAAGACACGGAAGAAUGUACUUUAAAAAUUAACGAAAUGCAACACAAAUUAGAGCAAACGCGGCAAGAAAAUGUCAUGCUAUUGCAAAAAGUCGAAAUUCUGGAAACUACCAAUGAAGAAUUAUCAUCUGUAUCAACCUCAUUGAGCGAAGUCACAGAGCUAUUAAAUACAAGAGUGCAAGAGGUGGCUGAUUUGAAGCAAAACUACCAGCAACAAUACCUUGAAAGAACUGAAACCGAAAAUAAUUUACGUGGUAACAUAGAAAACCUCCGACAAGAGUUGAACAACAAACAGGAAGAAAUAUUACGUCUGCAACAAUCACUGACACAAGAGGUGAGUGAAACUAUGCAAAAACAAGGUGCUGAACUGCAUGGCCUACAACUGCAGUUAUUGGAUAAAGAUCAAGAGAUUGUAAAACUUAGAAAUGAGUUAGCCAAUGUAGAAACUGAUGCGCAGAAGUGUACUCUUGAAUUGCAAAGUCAUAUAUCACAUAUCGAAUUAUUGGAAAAAGAAAGUCAACAUUUGAAGGCAAUGCUACUAGAAAAAGAAUCAAGCUUAGAAAAAACGUCUGCUGAAUUGACAACUUGUCAUCAGGAAUCAACUAAGAACCUAUCUCUAUUAGAAUAUUACCAAAGUGAGCUGUCCAAGUAUUCGUCAGAAAUAGAAAGAAAUCAACAACAGGUGCACAAAUUGGAAAAUUCGAUGGUUAAGCAAAUUGCAAUAGCUGAUACUGAUAGAACAAAUUUGCAAAGUCAAUUGACAGAUAAGAGUGAAAAGGAGCAACAAAUUGAAGAGCUCAAGGUAGGAUUGCGUGAAAAAAAUUCUCUCAACGAGUGCCUUCAUCAAGAAAUAAAAAAAUUGUCCGUAGAAUUGCAUUCUGCCAAUAAUCGAAUUAGCCAGCUUCAAACAGAGCUGGAGGAGAAGAAUGUAGAAAUACAGAAAUUGAACGGAAUCUUGAUUGAAAAAGAGGCUGCGACAGAAAAAAUCAGGCAGCAAUUGAACGAAGGACAAUUACAGAUAGAUAGUGUUCAGCUUUCCAUGUCCCACCAGCAAGAGCAGGGUUCUGCGCAAGAGGGUGUAGCAUUGGCAGAUAGUUAUCCAAGAUUCAAAAUGGCUGGCGACACUGACAUUCAGCUUCUAACAGAUGUUGAUCAAUUGAGGUCAGAACUGAGCGAGAAACACGAAGAAAUUGAACAAUAUAAAUAUAUGCUGAGCAAAAAUACAUAUCCCGAGCUCAUACAGAAGUUACAAGAUAACAUCAAUCAGUUACAUACAGACAAAUAUCAAAUGGAACAGUCUUUGGAGAAAAAAAUCCAGUUAUUGAGUGAAGAAUUGGCCUGCAAACAAACAGAAAUUGAAAACAUUAGACAAGCAACACAGGGACAACGAGAGAUUGUUUGGGGAGACAAUCAUGAACCGGUUGUUGUAGACGAAAAACCAUCGAUUCACCAAGAAGCUAUAGCAAAAUUACAAAACGUAUUACAUGACAAAGAACAGGAAAUAAACGAACUGAAAUUCGUGAUUGCACAGAAGGAUUCUCAAAUUUCUCUCCAAGAUAAUGCCAAUCCGCAAUUCGACGAAUUCGAAAUUCAGGAAACACUACGACGAUUAAACGUGGACUUGUAUACCAAGCAGCAAGAAAUUGAAAAAUUGCAAGCAAGCUUGGUAGAAAAGGAAAAGGAUAUUUAUGAUUUGACGGUGACAAAAGAACAAUCAGAGAAAGAUAGGAACCUAAUAUCAAAACUAACGUCAGAAAAAAAAUUGAUCAUGGAAGAAGCUGAAAAAGUGCUACAAUCUAAACUGGCAGACAAAGAAGCUGAAAUCGAUGAAUUGAAGCAACGUUUAGUGAUAGAAACUCAGGAAUUGCUUGCCACUUUACAAUUGAAAGAUACGGAUGUGAUAAAUCUAAGAAUGCAAAUGGAACAAUCGAAUUCUCAUUAUAUUGAUAACUUGCGAAACAAAGAUGAAGAGUUGCUACUUAGCAAAUCGGACUUGGCUGAAAACGAAAGGCGCUUAGCAGAAGUCAGUGUUACCAAAGAUGCUGAAAUUCACAAUCUCAAAGUCCAAAUCCAUGAUAAAGAUGUUCGUAUUGAUGAAAUGGCUGCACUAAUGGAGGAAGAAGAAAGGCAAUUGAACGAGUUGCGACAGGUUGUCGAAUCUAAAGAAGAAGAAAUUAUUAAUUUGAAAACUCUUUUAGCUGAAACUGUACAGGAAUACGAAAUUAUCCAGAAGUCAUUAAGUCGAAAUAGAAGCACAGAAUCUGCUGUUACCCCAGACGAGAGAAAGACGGAAUCGGCAGAUACAAUCGAUAGACCUUUAGAAGAAGGUGACAAUUUAAUGUCACAUCCAGUUGUGUCCGUCGAAGGUGAGCUCGAUCUUGCUCUCUAUAUGUUACAUCAGAGAGAUGUCAGAUGCGAAGAACUGACAUUAGAAUUGAUGCAGUUGUUAGAAGAACGUGACACUCUGCAGCUGAGACUAUCUAAUGCAAUUCGAAUUAAUGAAGAAUUGCGACAACAGAAAACGACAAUGUCCAGUCCUAAGACAGAGGCCUUGCCUUCGACAUCUUCGAACGAACCAAUAGUCGAGCAUCCAUCUCCAUCUAGAACAGAAGGCCCUAUCGAAAUUGCAACGGAUGCACUAAAUGUUGAGACUUUACCAGCUGGAGAAGACAAGAGUGCUCUUGCUCAAAAGCUCUCUCAGUUACACACUGUGCAUCAAAGGCGAGAUGUAAGAUUAUGCGACGACCGAGAAUCCAGACACACGCAGCAAAUGUCGUUUGUUACACGCAGGGAUAUGCUGAAUUCCUUACCCCCUGAAGCAGCAGCCAGAUUGGUGAAUGCCAACUACACUCUAUCUCGAGAUGUCCAGAGUCAGUCAAGCGUUCUCAUGAACUGGUUGUGGGGGAAAAGCACUCCGAAAGUAAUGCAUAUGUGAUGAAGGCAAUUCAAACGUGACUUCAGUACAACAAUGUAUAAAAUAGUCUUUGACUAGACACAUUCCUAAUGUAAUGAGUCCAAAUUCUGGUACGAUACAUUAUAACAAAGGUUAUGAAUCGAGGCUAUAAGUUUAACAACAUAAUAAUGAUUGAAUAGAAUUUUCCAGAAUUUUUUAGUCUUUUUAUUCAAAUAGAACAAACUGAAGUCUUCUCCGUUGUUAUUAAGGACAUUAUAUCAGUGGGAUAAUCCUUGAUUUGUGACCAAAUGAAAUCGAAAAUUUACACAUUGUAAAGAGUUGUCCUGCCCAUAUUUGGUGAAACGGACCCCGUAUGUACAUCAUAGUAUCUACCAACAGUGAGCAGAGGGAAAAAUUAAAAAAAAAUUAAUUAAUAAACGGUCUGUGUCACCAAAUAUUCAUGGCAUGUACAUAUAUUUGUUGUUGACUUCCAAUCGUUGAAAAAUUAUAUUUAUGCCAAUUGUUAUAAUUUGAGUGUCAAUAUUUGAAGUUUGUAGUAAUAUUCCACAAAUUCAAUUCAGCCAUACGUGAAUUUUGUAUAAUUGAUUUGCGUUAUCCAACCAGCCUUACCUUCGCAGCUGCCAUGAGUCAAUUAUUCAAUGGAUUGAAUUUUUUGUACAUACACACAAACUAUACCUAACAGGUGUGGCGUUUGUCAAAUCGGUCAUUAUAAAAAUCCAUUGUUUUUUGAUACCUGGCAUACUUGCAUAACACCAGUCGAAUGUACCAAACUAAAACUUAACUACGCAUUUACAAUAUAAUUCAUGAAAUAUUUAAAUAGACGAAACUCCGAAGUAUAAAAUAUAGUAGGAAACCUUGGUUGAAAAAAGGUGUAAAAGAAAUGAAACGAAAGAAGACGAACAACUCUUUCCAGAAAAAAAAAAAUAAAAUGUUGCAAACUACUGUAUUAUAUAGUCAUAGAAAAUAUGAGUGUGUAUAAUAAUAAUAAAUUCUUAAAAUAUUUAUAUAAGAAUGCCUUGAAGUAAUGUAAUUUCAGUGAUUUUUAACUAUUCGAUUGUAAUUAUUGGAAUAAAUACUAAUGUUGUUAUACUGCUUAGUAAUA